AUGGUUCGUUUGACGGUUGAGUUGAUUAAUGAUUCGCUUCAGUAUCUUAAUACGGUUCGUGAUAGAGAGUUAAGUUUACGAGCCUGCAAAAUUCCCGUGCUGGAGAAUCUCGGUGUUACGAAGGAUCAGUUUGAUACGAUUGAUUUAACUGAUAAUGAUAUCAGAAAAUUGGAGAAUAUCCCUUUGUUAAGACGGCUUAGCACUCUUCUUAUGCACAACAAUCGCGUACAGCAGAUAAUGCCGAACAUUGGUGAAGCUUUGCCAUCACUGAAGACCCUGGCGUUGACGAAUAAUAAUUUAUGUGAAUUAGAUGAUAUCGAUCCCCUAGCGACUUGUCCAAAAUUGGAAUAUCUGACAUUGAUUGGAAACCCAGUAACUCAUAAACCACAAUAUCGUCUUUAUGUAAUAUACAGGGUACCAUCAGUGCGUGUCCUUGACUUUAAACGAGUUCGUCUUGUGGAAAGAAAACAAGCAAACAGUUUGUUCAAAGGUAAAAAAGGUCAGAAAUUUAGAGAUGAAGUUGUAAAGAAAUCGAGAACUAUGGAUAAUGGCGAAGAAGACGGACAAACUAGAAAUUUGCGUGCAGAGGAUGCUGGGAAAAUCGAGGAAGCGAUUGCAUCUGCUUCAAGUCUUGCUGAAGUGGAACGAUUGCAAGCUAUUUUACAAAGUGGACGGAUUCCGGAAAAUGGUUGGAACCGUCGAAACAUUGGUAAUGCGACAGAAGAUACUGGAAUGAAUGCAGAAGAGAGUAAUGGAUUUGUUGAAGAACGAGAGGAUGAAGAUGAUGAUGUCCCUUCACCGCUAGCAAGUUCUGGUGAUGAUUUUAACGAUGAUGUGCAGUCUCCAAUAGCAAACCCGCAAGAAGAAAAGCUGGAUAAUGGACAAUUGGAAUACAUGACAGAAAAAUAA